CGGAGCCAGGACUCGGCGGCACCUCUGGGCCUCCAUGGAUCCGAACAGAGGCUGGCUGCCCGUCUGCCACUCGCGGGCUGGGAGAACGCCAGCCGGUGCCUUGCCGGGAAAGUUCUCGGCAAAGCUGUGGAUGAGCCCUCAGCAGGGGAAGCUCCCGGUGGAGCGCGCCCCCAUCCAGUGCCCGCGCGCAAGAACCCGGAAUGGGCCCCACCUGGACCGGGACUCAGGCAUGCGAUCCCGAGAGCUCCCUGGGGACCAGGCAUCGGGUGGGGACCCUGGACUAGGGGUGAGCUGACUCGGUUUUUAAAAACUCGCUUCCACCUUCCCUACUUCUGCUCGUCACUCACCUCGCUGGGCACCAGCCCAGGGCAGAAGUGGGAGAAGGAGGCGGUGGCCUCCCCGGGAAGGAGGAGAAGUGAGUGUCUCGCCAGGUAAAGGCUGGGCGGCUGGCGGAGCUCUGCCUGGCGUCUGCGCCUGGUGUGGGACGGAAGCGGGUCUCCCAGCUCUACUUAAACCCCUAAAACCUGGGACUUCUGGCUUGAGACAUUCCCCGACCACCACCCGUCACACACACGCGCGCGCACACACACGCAUGCACACCGAUUAUCUGGGCCCUAGGGAGGAUGGGGGAGCAGGGCUCUAUUUUCUCCUUAUCCAACUCGGCUGACAAGGGUGGGGAAGAACUUAGGCCCAGCCCCCGGCCCGCACUCAGCGUACUCCAGCGGCUGACGCUGGGGAGUGGGUGCCCGCCCCGCUCAGCUGCGAUCCCUCGCCUCGGGCCCGGGGGUGGCGCCGAGGGCCGGGAGGGAGGGUCGGCCGGUGGGCGGUGCUUCUUGGGGCGAGAGGCUGCUCCCGGCCGGCGCCGCCCUCCUCCUCCCGCGGUCCCUCCCUCCCUCACGCCGGCGCUCCCAGGCCGCGCUUCCUGCGUCCCCAUCGCGGUCCCCGAGAGGGCAGUUCGCCCUCUCCGCCACCGCGUUCCCUCGGCUGAGAAUCCUCCGAAUCCCAGCCCCGCGAUCGCGGCGCCCCCCGAGGAGGCCGCCUGGGAGGGGCGCGGGGGUCGCGAAGCCCCCAGCCCCGGGCCGCCCAGCCGAGACGGAGCCGGACCCGCCGCCUCCCGGCUUGGAGGAAUCCUCCUUGCCGUGAAAGCUGUGAGAAUCCUCCAUGCUUUAAGUCUCCCUUUGCUUGGAGGGAAGAGGAAGAUCCCAGAAUGUCUCAGGUGCGGAGGACCUUCAGGUCAUCAGAGACAUCAUUCUCAUUUGACAAACAAAACUCAGAGAGGGAAUGGAACUUACCCAAGGACACACAGCAGUUCAGCAGCAGAACUGGGACUGGAACCCAGCCCUCCUGACUCCCUUCUAGGGUCCUUUGUGUUCACCCAGGAGGCCUGGCCACAUUUAGGACCAAGACUCUUUUGGGCCCCAGAUUUCUCAGCCUCUCAGUCUUUCAAGUGGCUCCGUGGAGUUGAGCUCCUCCCCAGGCUGGACAGGUGGCCCAGCCUACCCUGCCAAUGUUUUAUUCUCCCUUCGCCUGGAUUGAGCCCUCGCUGCCAUGGCCACCCCUCCUGGGAGCUCUUGCUCCUGAGAAAGAAACAGGCCAUUUGUUUGGAAGAAACAAGCCACCUACCUGUUUGGUUUCCCAGUACCAGGCCACACAGCCCUGUCCCUCCCAGACGGCCCCAAGAUGCUGACCAGAGACAGCCCUCUGAGGGUCUCUCCUGAGCUCCCCUGACCCUCGACUCCUCCUCCCCUCAGCUCCCGUCUCAAGACUGCUGGUUUGCCCUUGCCUUCUAUCUGUGAUGUUCACUUGGGCGGAGCAACCUAAAGUCUCCACAUUCUCUCUUGCCCUGGAUUUAUCAGACUUAGCAGCCCUUAAACCUGAAUGCUGGAAGCUUUAGAUCUUAGAAUAUCAGGGCCAGAGGGAUCUUAGCCAUCAGAAAAUCCACUCUGCUUAUUUGACAACUGGGGAGACCAAGACCCAGGGAAGAGGAGACUCACCUGAGAUCACAGCUGGGACCCGAAUCCGAGGUUCCGGAGUUUGUCUGGAAUGAUUUUGAGGAUGAUUCUUGAAAAACAAAACAGAGCACCCUCCCCCUCCAAGAUCCCCUUUCUCUCUGCACUCCACACUACCAGGUGUUUUUGUGGUGUCCGUGGCGACAUGGCCAGGAGGAGUGAGGACUGAGGGUCCUGAAAGAUGAGGCGUGCACAUUGAGGAGUGUAUCUGCGCAUUUCCAGGUCCUGUCUGUUCAAACUGGCAUUAACACCAUGGCAGGAGCUAGUGAGUGCAUUUAUCUGGCACUCCCUUAGCCAGACUUGAUAAUGUGCCUUUGGAUGGCAGGCUUUUAAAGUUGUUUUCGUCCCCAGAUUACAAAAGAAGUACGUGUUCCUUGUAAAAACGAGCAGAUGACAUUGUGAAGGCUGGCGACCACCGUUAAUAUUGUGGCGUUUUAUUCAGGUUUUUGUUUGCUGAGCUGUUUCAUGUCCUGGUUUGUUGUUGUUUUGUUUUUGAAAAAAUAGAGACAAGGUCUCUGUGUGUUGCCCAGGCUAGUCUCGAACUCCUGGGCUCAAGUGAUCCUCCCACCUCAGCCUCCCAAAGUGCUGGGAUUCCAGGCAAGAGCCACUAUGCCCAGCCCGUAUCUUGGUUUUUCAAUUCGUCGUUACAGUGCCUGUUAUCUUCAUGUGAUAAUAUGAGUGACUUCACACAGGGUCUAACCUGUGGGUCUCACGUGUUUCCACCCCUUGAUGGCUAGCAGGAAUUCCCUUGGCCUAAACCCUGUGACGCUGUGCAAAGUGCAAAGACAUUUCUGAUUCGCCACUGUGGGAGUCCAGAGGGCCAGUUUUCUGCAUCACUGUGGGGUUUGGGAAAGCAAUUCUCUCUGAACUCUUAGAAAUGGAAGCCAUGGGCUAUCCGGGCGUGAUGGGUGUGACCCAAAUUCACACAGAGGGAGGAAGACAGCUUUGUUUCUUCUGACUUUUACGUAUUUAUUUAUUUUUGCUGUGUUUGUUUUAACCCAUCCAAGUGCUGCCACCCCACCAUCACUGCCCGUUGCCCCACAUCUCCCUGGGAUUAGGCAUGGGGUUAGGCAAGUGCAGGUCUCUAGAAAAAUCAGUAUUUGGCAUACUCAUCUCCAAACCCUGGCUCUUGCAGAGUAGGUGUUUCAAUGGCAAAGAUGUGCAGAGAAUUUGUUUCCUAGUGGGGUGAUUCAGGUAGGACACCCCACCCUGGGGACAGGAUGGGGUGCGGUCUCUGUCACUGUCUACCAGGAUCACAGCUUUGUUAAUGCCAUAAAUCAUCAGUACUGGAAGUACUAGUGUCUUGGAGAUUUUCUAAGCUCAUGUUUACAGACUGUGGACAGCCACUUCUUAGUGGAUUUUGGCAUCGUUAAGUGGUUUUCCGCUGGCUUUUCAAAAGUGAAGUAGGAGACAGUGGACUAGAAAAUAGAAUACAUUUCCUGUGGCGAGAAAUAUUCACUAGUCAAACUUUCAGUUACCUGUUUGUGGAUGUGCACUGAGUCACUAGGUAAAAAUGUAUCUCCUACCGCACGGUAAGAACCUUGGGCAAUGUAGCUCCGGUUCACUGGUUUUUAUACUGUGAUCCUGGGAAACCUUGGGUGGGUCCUAGAAGCCACUCAGGGGUUUGCAGGGACAGAGCUGAGUGGUAGAGGUGGGGCCAACAGGAAGGAAGCUCGGCUUAUGCUAAGGAUACAAAACAUCCACUUUUAAAACUCUGUGACUUUAAAAAUAAAACAGAAAGUUGGAAACCA